AUGACGGCACUGAAGUGGCUGCUCUUGGCUGCCCUGCUUCUGGGGGCUUCUCUGCAGCUCGCCAAUACAGCUCGAGCCACCAAUGUGGGCAGAGAGUGCUGCCUGGAGUACUUCAAAGGAGCUAUUCCCAUCAGGAAGCUGGUGACAUGGUACAGGACCUCAACAGAGUGUCCCAGGGAUGCCAUCGUGUUUAUAACUGUCCAGGGCAGGGCCAUCUGUUCGGACCCCAAGGACAAGUUUGUGAAGAAGGCCAUCAAACACUUGACAUACCACAUGAAGUAACCUGUCUCCCAAUAUUUUGAUUUUUUUCUCCCUGCACUACUUGGAGAAUUCAAAACUGGUUUCCAUGAGCCCAAUCCCAAGCUGCCUGGGUCCAGUGGAGGUCAUGUGAGGACAAGA